GAGCUAUGCUCAAUGCGCAUCACAUUGACUGUGACCCUUAAGGCGUCCAAGUGACGGACAACUAAUAUCGUACCAGUACUGCCUCCGAACCAUGCCUGUUAGCCGCGUAACAGCCACGAUGAAAUUUGAGACCUUCUCGGAGACCUUCAUAUCGGACAUCUCGCCGGACAUCUCCUCGGACAUCAGCUGUGGGCAAUCAAACCUGAGUUGAAGGUCUCGGUCCGGUUGGGAUAUAUUUGCUCUGACGGGAGAGUCUCUAGCCUUGUACACUUAUCAUGGAUUGGUCUCUGAUCAUCGUGAUACUUAUCUUGGCAUGGGCCUGAUCUGUUUGGCAGUGUCAAAUUGGAAAGUACUUCCCUUGGUCUGGCAUAUCCGAAUCUUCAGCAAGAUGAUCAUGCAUGGGUCAUUCGCUAAUGCCCAUAAGACCCAACACUCGAUCUUCAGCACCUUUACCACAAGUUCCCGCUCGCCAAUGUGGGAGUGUGACUUCAUGGGUCAUAAAUCCAAUGCAUCAUACUAUUCCGAUCUCGACAUUGCCCGCUCCGACAUGAUUCUGCGACUAUUGAGCAGUGGCAUGGCACGCUUAUCCAAGGGACAUGCGCCGCGCGCUCCUGGAGCACCGGAGCUCAAAGGAAAGGUGUUCCCAGUAUUAUGCGCGUCGACAACAAACUACCAACGAGAAAUCGCACCCUAUCAGCUAUAUCAAAUGGAGACGAGUAUCCUAUCAUGGGAUCGAAAGUGGAUGUACAUUAGAACAGAAUUCAUUGCGGAGAAAAAGGGGAAGCUAGAGGUUUGCGCGACGGCCCUUAUGAAAGUGGUCUUCAAGGCUGGACGAAUCACCGUCAGCCCCGAAGUCUUGUUUGAGGCCAGCGGACUGUUGCCAAUUGACGAAGAGGUACGCGCAACGGCGGAGGUCAAACGAGUACAAGGUCUUGAGCGUAUCCAACAGUGUGGAAUAGCGAACGAGCUCACUUGAACGAUUGAAGCUUGCGGAGGAUUUGGUUCCAAGUAG